AAGCCCAAUAGGGCCAAGGGUCCAAGCAUGAGUAGUCAAGAUGAAACUGCAAGCCUAUUGGUAGGCCAGCCAUCAUUGACGAGUGCUUCUUCCCCUGCAAAUUGUUCCAAACCAGUGCUGAUGCGCCAGGAAUGCACAACGUUUCUAGUGUCUUCGCAUCAUCCUCAGCUGUCGGUCUUUUCUGACAGUGAGGAGGACGGAUCUCUUUGUCUGGAAGAGAACAGUACCAGAUCUGUGCCUGACAUUGAACUGCACUGCAGGUUAGACGUGAAAGGAUGCAAACAAAACCUCUCUUCAAACGUACCAACAAGAAACAGAAGUUCUUCAAAUGCAUUUCAACUGGCUCCUUACACGUCUGCGUCUCCUAGGGGAAUCCUUGAACGACGAACUUCCCAGACGUUGGCAUCGAACUUAAAAAUUGUUCGUUCAGUUUCUCGGGAGAGCAUUAGGUCUAUCCAUCACUGUACGUGCCCGUGCCUCAGCGCGCCGGUAAGAUGCCACUACCAACUUUUUAUUAGAUUAGUUUGCCACAGUAUAAUAUUUGCAGGAAAUAUAUUUCCUAGUUUCAUUUCAACGGCGCUCUUCAGUAACUGUCGAUGAAUAAGACAUAAAAGAACGGUAGUUAAGGGUGAUAAAGGUUGGUAACUUUGAUAAUUCCUAAAAUAGUAGCUACUCAAGAAUUUUAAACCAUUUAGGCGCUUAUAAAGACAUUUCUAUUGAAGUGGAACUGUUUCUUCAAACAAGACAAUCCAACAAGUAAUGUAA